GUAAACAGAUUCUGAGUUGCCCUGGUGACUCAGUGCAGUCUGCCGGAGCUGGAAGACAGAAACCAGACAGGCUCCGUCUCUCCCUCUCUUCUCACACUGCUUGGAUAUUGUUGUGAAAUUUGAAAAGGGAAGAAACACAAUGAGUUCCUACGUUGACUAACAGAAGAUGGAAAACGAAGAUACCAAGUUUGACCAAGCCUACGGGCCUGUCUCAGAGCCUAAGGGAAAGCUUGAACCCUUAUUCAUUGAGGGCGAAGAUGAAGAAUACUUUGAAGAUUGCUUGGAGGAGCUUGAGGCUGCCUUUGCUCUUCCCGAGGAAUCUUUAUCCUAUUCACAAAAAUGUCGAGAAGCACUGCAAGUUGAAUUUAAUGGACUUAUGAGGCAGAUGUUGGCACAGCUAGAUGACUUUGAUGCCACCCAUGAGACGAAGUCUACUCCAUCAGCUUUCUUUGCAGGAAGAGAGCAUAUGUUAAUACAAAAUGGCUUUGAAGACACCAGCAAGUAUGAAGACUUUGUUUCAGAGACAGAACUAUCCAUGGCAAUAGAUGAGCCUGAAUACUGCAAUAUUGAAGCAGCUCCAAAGGUGUCUGCUUCUACCAUGAAUAUAAAGGACCUUGGGACAACGUUUGAAAGUUGCAUUGAGGAGGUCAGUCAGCUUGAGCGCAGGAAGGAAGAGCUGGUGCAGGAACUUCUGGAGCUGGAGAAGCCCAUGGCGCAGGAAGUGGAAGCUUUGAGGGCUGAGCUGAGGGAUGCCAAAAGCCUCCUCUCCAAGGCCAGAAUGGAAAGGCAGGGUUUGCAGGAGGAGAUACGGGUGGUGAAGAGGCGCUUGUUUUUUGCUGCAAGAGACUGUGCACAGAGUCAGGUGGCCUUGGCAACACAGCAGAAAGAAGUGGAGCAGUUCAACCAAGCACAGGAAGAGAUGAAGGCCCAUGUUGAGAAGCUGACUGAAGAGAUUGCCCAGCUUCAUUCUACACAUCAGGACCAGCUACAAGCCCUGCAAAAUCAGAAGGACAACAUUACCCAGGAGUCCAGCAAAGACAAGACACGCUCAUACAUUUCCCAAGGCCGACGGGCUUCUGUCGACCUGCAGCAGUACCUCCAAGACGGAAUCAAAGUGCUGGAAGAGUGGUAUGAGCCCCGGCUUGUGGCCUUAUUGAAGAGACGAGAAAGUAGUGCUGAUGCUUUAAGUAAAUCCAAGGAGCAGAGCCAGGAGCUAAAGGGCCAGCUUGGGCCCCUGAAAGAUGACGUGCAGAGGCUGGGGCUCGAGAGGGCCCGACUGGAGGAGCGGAUUCGUUUGAUGGAGAGGCAGAGGAAAGAAAAUGUGGAGCAAUACCGGGAGACCAUAGAUCUCCUAGAGGAGAACAGCCGAGAACUAAAGACUGAGCUGCUGAUUCAGAUAAACAAGCUCAAAGAGAUGGAGAAAUUAAAGAACAGCCUGGUCAAGCAGCUAUACUUCUAUAGAGAAAGGACAGAGGAACAUCACCUACCAGAGAUCAUAAUGAUGGAAGAGAAACCCUGAUCAGUGAAUCGGAAUUUGGCAGCAUUUUGCACUGUUUAGUGAUAUAGUCACUUUAUUUGAAUGUCAUUUUUGUAGUAUAUAGUAUAAUCACAACUGUUUCAUUCUUCAAUGUAAAUAGUCAUUAAGUGAUCACAAAAAAAGCCAGCCAUGCAUGUGGGUGCACUCUACACACAAAUAUUCAAAAUGAGGCAGUAGGCAGCAUGAAAUAAACCAGCACUCAACCUCUCCAAAUAUCACAUCACCAAGGUAUGUGUGACAGAGACUGCCCAGAUUUUUAUCUGCCCACUUAUACCGCUCAUAACGUUCUAGCUGUACCUGCAGUGCUCACAGGCAAGUGAGUCAGAGUGGAUAAAAUCAAGCUUUUAUAUACACAAUAGUCUUGAGUGCUAGCGAUUUGUCUUUAGACCUGAGAGGUAACAUGAGAAGAGAGAAAACAAGGACAUAUUAGGGCAUCUCUCAGAACAUGUUGACAGGCUGCUGGGAUGGUUUAGAUAAGCAGCUAUUGUAAGAUGGAUGAAGCACUUUCUUAUAAUCAUGUUGAACACAAGAAUUAAAUCGAAUAUGUUUGAGAAAGUACAAUCAUAAUGGUUGAGCCAGUUCAGUGAAAAACAGUUUAUUCUGAAUGUUCUGUACAAUAACAUGGACAUAAAGGAGAGACACUGAAAAGCCACAGAAGGAUAUUACAAUAUUAAAGACGUAAAACAGAUGACAUCACCAUUACUGAGGGGGAAAAGUACAAAAUAAAGAGGACACAAGUUACCCUGUGGACCCCUAACAUGUGAAUGAUGCAUUUUGCAGACGUAAAAAUAAAUUUCUCCAUAUUCUCCACUGACAGCCACCAUUAUUUGACCAUGGCAAGCAAGUACUCACAGUAAGCUGCUGUUGAUAUAUUAAAAUGAAAACGUACUUUUAGAAAACGCAUAGAAUAUGGAGGGCUCUAGGGAAAAGCAUUUAUAGGAGGGAUGGAUUAUAAUUCU